UGAGCCUGCGCGUCCGGAGCUGUGCCCGCGUACCGCAAAAAAAAAAAAAAAAGCACCGUUUUCACUUUCUCUAGAUUUUUUCUCCAGGAUUUGGGCUUACAGGUUGCCCAUGGCCUUCUCACCAACUAAAUAUUCAAGAAACAGGGGAAAACUUCAGGCUGCCUUCCAAAAAGGAGAAUGUCAUUUCAUACUUACUGGGUGUUCUAGGUCCAAAUUUAAAUAAAACCUUAAUUUUUAAUCUUUUCCAAGUUAAAUACCCCUAUUCUAUUUGAAAGAGUGCUAACAUUGUUUAAAGUGGCCAAUAUGUUAUUACUUUAUUAACAGAACUGAUGAUAACGCUUUGAUUUCCUUUGGAUAUUAAAUAUUAUCCUCACAUCCCAAACAGAAAAGGAGUAACCGCAAUUACUCCUCCCCCUUCCCCCAGUCAAAGUCACGUGUUCAGAAGACCUGCCACCCACCCUGGGCUAAAGAAUUCAAACGGAAGACUUCUCAAUUUAAAGAUGACAAGAACAAAACACAGACUUUUUGGUGGGUCUGACAACGUUUACUCCAGACGAAAUAUUUAGCACUGUAGGGUCAGUUACUAAGUCUACAAGUCCGAAGAAAAUUACUUGAUACAAAAAUAUGAACCCUGUCUAAUACGGUAGCCACUAACCACAUGUGGUUAUUUAAAUUUAACUUAACUUAAAAAUUAAAUUUAACAUUUGCUUUUUCAGUUGAAAGAGCCGUAAGUCAAACGCUCAAUGUCCACGUGUGGACAGUGGCUACCCUACUUAACAGCAAAGAUACAGAAUAUGACCAUUGUGGCAGAAAGUUCUAUGGGACAGGGUAACAAUCAGUACUGAGGUGAAGUCAUCCCAGAACACGGUCGCCUCUGCCGCCGCUAGCACAGCAGCGUCGGGCGAGACGUCAACGCAGCUCCUGGGCCGCCUGUCCCGUCCGAGGCGCCGGCAUAUCCGCGAGGACACGGAGCCCACGCGCUGCGGGACCCUUCACCAACGGGCAUUAACUAACCGCGCGGGCGGCACUGCUAGAGCUCCCAACGAUGACUCGAGUGGGGAGCCCCGAAGGCAGCGCGUCUGCCGGCGCGCCCAGCCGGGAGGGCCCAGAUGCGCCGGCGCCAGUCGGUCAGAGGCGCUGGCCUCCAACCUCACUGCGAGCUGAGCAGGCGGCGAGAGUAGGAAUAACGGAGAGACGCCAGGCGCCGGUUCGCCCUGGCCUCAGCCUUCAGCCGCCCCUCGGCGGGUGGCGGAGUGCGCUGAAACAGUUUAAGAGCUGCCAAGGGCGCCGGGACCUCGCGGGCAGCGACGAAGGCGGAGCCCUGGCCGAGCUAGGGAGGCGCGCUGAGAGCCCACCCCCUCCCCGGCCCGCCGGGGUAAACAAGGCCUAGACUCGCACCGCGCACUUACCGGGAGCCGUGGCCCCGCGGCCGCUGAGCCCGGGCGGGCCAGACCGGGUCGGGCCGGGCCAGAAGAACCGGGUCCAGGCGCGGCGGCGGCGGAGGCGGCGGGCCAACCCCGGUGAAGCCCGCGCUGCUUCCUCCGGCGAAGCCGUCUCAGCAGCUCCGGAAGUGCUCAGAGCAGUUCCGUCACUUCCGGCCCGGGGUCGACCCGCGGUCGCCGGGGUCGCGGCAGGGUUCUUUGUCGGACUCCCCACUUCUCUGUUUGUAAUCGGUGUCCGGCACCGAAAAGACAUCCAGACGUCCGUGGAGUGGAUAAAAACUGUUGUUUCCCGGCCGCUAUCUAGUCGAAGAAAAGCUAGGUCUUUGGGUCAGCGCGCAGGGCCGGGAAUUUCUGCGUACGUUCUGAGGCCGUCGCCUGUUGGCCGCCGAUUCACAGGACCACGCUAG